AAAUCUUCUCAGAUAUACUCAGCUGAACUUAAUCUCCUGUCAAUAUGUCCUAUAGCUGCUUCUCUGGGAACUUCUCCUCCCACUCCCUUGGAAGCUACCUGCUUCAGCCAGGCUCCUCCUGUGGCUCUUCCUUCCCCAGCAAUCUGAUCUACUGCACGAACCUCUGCUCUCCCAGCACCUGCCAGCUGGGAUACUCUCUCUACAGUGGCUGUCAGGAGACCUGCUGUGAGCCCACCAGCUGCCAGAUGUCCUGCUACCGCCCAAGGACCUCCACACUCUGCAGUCCCUGCCAGAUGACUUAUCCUUGGUCUCUGGGCUUUGGGUCAAGAAGCUGCCACUCCCUGGGCUGUGGAUCCAGCGGCUUCAGAUCCCUGAAUUAUGGCAUCUGUGGCUUCCCUUGCCUGAGUUAUAGACCCAGAUUUUGCCAUCCACCAUACCUGGCUUCUAGGACCUGCCAAUAUUCUUGUUACAGACCAACCUGUGGAUCUCACUUCUAUCAAUCCACUUGCUAA